AUGGAAACCAAGAUGAAGAAAUUGAAGAAGCUUGGCGCCGGAGCUGAAGAUCACUACUUACGAGGCAGUGCCAGCUUCGGCAGACCUUCUUGGCUUCUUUUCAGUAUCGCCGAUUUGGACGAGAGAAUGAAGACGCUGGCGAUUAACACCACGUCUGAUCGGGGAAGCAAUGCUGACAGUUUCGCGACAAGGGCUGAGGAUUACUACCAGAAGCGACCUCAGUUGCUGGCCUUGCUUCAGGAUCUGUAUAAUGGCUACCUCCUGUUGGCUGACCGUUACUGUCAAGCCCUUGUCAAGAAUAAUCAGAAUCACCGUCGUCGUCGUUAUUCAUCUCCCAUUUCGCCCUUUAGUUUCAAUGAGCAUGAGCAGUUUUAUGAAGAGGAUUUGGGUUCAGGAGAUGUUGUCGAUUCUGAUGAUGCCGUGAGUUCCUUGUCUUUUCAAACUCCAUCUCCACCUGGAGGGCUGGAUGCUGAUCUGAUCGUGGCAGACGUGGUGAUCAAAUCUCUUGACUAUGAAAUCAUGGCCAAUGAGCUAAGUGUUGUGGAGACGAAGGCAGCCGAGUCUUCAAGAAAGAUUGAGCUGCAGAAGAGUUUACUGGAGGUUUUGGAGUCGGAAAGGUUGAUACUGCUGAAUGAGAACGCCGGCUUAGCAUACAGAGUCAAUUCGUUAGUCGAGGAGAACAAGGGAUUGGCUGCAGAGUCUGUUUACAUGAAGAGGAAGGCUGCUGAUCUUGCCAGGUGUGUGUUAAAGAUGAGGGAGGAUCACAGGGUGUGCAUGCUGAGCCGAAAAAUCGAGGAUCUUCAGGGACAGGUUCAUGGAUUGGAGACGAGAAACGAGUGUUAUGAUCAGAUCGACAAACAUGAAGAAGAAAAGGAAAGCAAAGCUAAGGUGGUUAAGAAAGGCAAAUCUGCAACUCAUGAGGUGACUCUGGAAGAUUGCUUUCACGUGCACCCAGAUAUUCCUUGCUUUGGAUGUGGAAGCAAUGCUGUGGUCAACAUGAAGAAAGGGUGUUUGCCUUCUCAUGGCAGCAUCAGUGGAGGUAAGAAGGGAUCGAAGUUUUGGGACAGGGUCAAGAAGUUUGAUAUCUUCAUGUGUGUACCCAAUGUCAACUCUAACUUCUGCUGA